AUGCAGACCUUGAGUGAAGCCCUUCUACACAACAACCAUCCUACUCGUCCGCUGCAGCCUGCCGGGAAUCGGGAUGUGGCACGUCUAGUCUCGGGACAUAGGCCACCAGUGUUCGUUGGAGAGGAGGAUCCCGUGAUACUCGAGGAGUGGAUACGAUCCCUCGAUAAGAUCUUUGCCAUUGUGGAUUGCCCUGAGGAUCGUCGAGUGGAGCUGGCUUCUUUCUACUUCAGUCAUGAGGCUGAUCUCUGGUGGGUACACGAGGGUCCCGCGUGUCAAGAAGAGCCCGACUUCGACUGGUCAGCCCUGAUGGACAGGAUGAGGGAGAGGUUUUAUCCAUCACACAUCCGAGCCGCCAUGUACGAGGAGUUCUUACAUCUUCAGCAAGGCUCGUCAUCUGUGGUGGAAUACCACAAGCGCUUCUUGGAGCUUGCACGUUUUGCUAGGAUGCUGGUGCCUACCGAGCUAGCAAAGGUGGAGAAGUUCGUAGCGGGACUCAACUAUGAAGCCUGGAAGGCGUUGACCGUGAGCAAGCCGAGAACCCUGAAGGAGGCUUAUAUGAGCGCGGUGGAUCUUUAUCGUGUGCAAUAG